GAAUAAUGGUUGACAGAUCUGAGUCUCCGUUCUUGUUUAAACCGAGCGAUUUUUUUGAGUCAACCUUAGAGCUUCUGUCAAAGAUUUAGUCGGAGCAGUGCGUAAGUUGAAGUUUGAUCCUGUCGACUAUGGUUUUUACAGCGUGGAAGAAUUUUGCAAAUCCAAUUGGAUCCAAUUGGCGAUGACAACCCAACAAAGAAACGAUUCAAUCAACCUUGAUCUUGUUUCAAACUCAGAAAAAGAUAUCUCGAACUUUACUUUGAGAGUUUUCGCCGUGAUGUCGUCUGUCAAUAAACAAACAGUGACAUACGAGGAGUUUCUGAAUUUCUUCCAGGAAAAGUUCAAUCGUCCUGUUAAAGCAUGUGAUUUCGGAUUCACAGACUUGAAAGAGUUGCUUCUGGCGACUGAGAUGGUCUGGAUCUUCGACUCUGUAGAGAACCAGAAAUCAAUCGUAAUGCGACCUCUGAUUCAACUACUUCACGAACUGGUGGAGAUCAUGCGGAAAACUAAACUCCCUGUUGGGCUUACUGAGCUGGCACAGAUUUACAAUAUGACAAAACAGAGGGAGCUGAGCUGUUUCAAAUACGGAUUUCCAAGUCUGACGAAGCUGCUGGAAUCCUUGCCGAUGUUUAUCAGUUUUGCGAGGAGCAAUUCGAUGGCCUUCUCUAAACAGGAAAAUUCCCAGGUAGAAUUCACGCCAAUGUUUCAUGCUAUGCUGCCCAAAUUGAAACCAUUGUCACAAACCAAACGGGAACACACGCCGGUCAUGACUCGAAAAAGGUUCGGUCUUGAUCGAACGGAAUCUGAAUCAUCUGUGUCUGUACCUGCGGCCCCUCGACCACCUCCAUUCACCCCCACGAGGGUGCAACAGAACAACCCCCAAGCUACCUUCUCCUCCCCCCUAUCAAAAAGCAACAGUUUCCAGCAUAAACAGCGAUCGUAUAACUAUAAUCGUCAUCCAGUUUUUGAUGAAAGAGAUUUCCUCGAAGGGCCUCAAAUGCCAGCUGGAAGCAUAGCUCCGGAACCAUCUCUACCUUUCCCGCCUCCACAUUUCUUCGAAAGGUCCUAAGGUGUCAUUUCGCGAUCGAAGCAACAUGGGUAAAAAACUAGAAAUUAUCAGAUUGAAACUAAAAAUGUUAAGAGUAAAUGUGAAAUGUUUGAUUCUUUGAAAACUUAAACUCAAAAUACUGAAAUUUUGUUAAAUAACCCAAAGCUUACGUUUACUGUCCUCUUAGUUUUUUUUCAAUUGCUCAUUUUUCCCAUCUCAAUGUUGAGUUCUUAUUUGUCUUCAAAACUUCCAAAAUAUGAUUUUUUGUUGUUCAAUUAUAUGAAAAUAGUUUCAUUUAUUUUUUGUUAUAAGAAAUGAAAUCAAAAUAAAUAUUGUUUCCAUAUCGUAAUACCAAUUACUCAGAGAUUUCUUCAGUGUUUUAGCUGAUAAAAAAUUCAGAUUAUUUGCUGGCCUCAAUAAUUCAAACUUUCGUUGGUUUUACCGUGUCGUUUCAUGGAAUAUUAACCAGUUAGAGAAAUCCAAUUUUAAUGAUGUUCGUGCUGUAUGUGUAUUCAGCUGUCAUGUGUUCAGCUCACCUCUUGCUAAUCAAUCUGAUUUUUUUUCUACUGUUUCAAUUCAACCUCACCGGAACUUAAGAGUGAGAUCCGGUGCGGCAGUUUGUUAUAACAAUGGAGUUAGCUCUUGACAGUAGAAUUCAAUUUGGCGUCUUUGUGCUAUUAUCAUAAUUUUGCGUCUUUUGCCAAUUGCCAAGCGAGUACUUCGAAUCAAACCAUGGUUAGUUUUAGUCGUUGAAUCCCGAUUGAUACACGGAGGAUUCUGUGUAUCUAAGGAAUUCCGUGGAUAGUAAUGACUAGUUUUAGUCGUUGGAUCCCGAUUGAUACACGGAGGAUUCUGUGUAUCUAAGGAAUUCCGUGGAUAGUAAUGACUAGUUUUAGUCGUUGGAUCCCGAUUGAUACACGGAGGAUUCUGUGUA